AUGUAUGUUGGACCAUAUCAUAUCAUUGAAAGGAUCGAUGAAGUAGCGUACCGUUUAGACUUACCACCCCCACUCUCCGAAUUGCAUGAUGUGUUUCAUGUAUCUCAUAUUUGGAGAUUCAUUCUUGACUAUCUUCAGCAUGUUCUUCCAGAUACUCUUGAGGUAGAAGCAUAUAUUUCAUUCAAACCUCAACCCAGUCAGAUUAUGGAUCGUGCAACUAAGAUAUUAAGGAAUAAGGUGAUUCCUCUUGUCAAGGUUCUUUGGGAAAGAUCGCACCCGGGCGAAGCUAAUUGGGAGCUAGAGUCUGAGAUGCAAGAAGCUUACCCUUACCUUUUCCAGUUGGAUCAGAUUGAGCUCAUAUAUGCUAUAUUGAUUGUCAGUUGA